AUGAAAGCACCGAGUCUCACAUAAAACCUCCUCCAAGAGCUCUCAGAGGGCAAUACAAAAUGAGCUCACGGCAGCCCGAGUCUAACUGGGCUCGUGCUGCUCGCUAUGCUGUCCCAUUUGUCCUGUUGUCCAUUCCCUUCUGGCUGGCGAAGAUUAAUGCCACCGUUCCGGAACCAUAUCUGGAUGAGGUCUUCCAUGUACGCCAGGCCCAGACAUAUUGGGCUCAUAACUGGACACAAUGGGACCCAAAGAUAACGACGCCUCCGGGUCUGUAUCUUUGGUCAUAUGUUCUGUGUGCUGCUCUGCUUCUCCUUCGUGGCUCUCCUAAGGAGGUUGGCACAACCGAACUGCGCACAACCAAUGUUGCAGCUAUGGCCGUGAUUUUGCCUUGGAGACUUCAGAAAUUGCUGGAUUUCUUGCGCAGGGAGCGGAACACACGACCAGCUGGAGCAUGGCUGAGCCAUACAGUUUUGAACAUCUGUCUCUUCCCACCGUUGUUUUUCUUCUCCGGUCUUUACUACACCGACAUCCUAGCUCUUCUUGUUGUCAUUGAGGCCUAUAAUUGGGAUCUUAAACGUGACACUGAAGGCGGCAUCUCGGGUCUGAUUUUCCUUCUGGUCGGGCUGGUAUCCCUGGUUUUUCGACAGACCAAUAUUUUCUGGGCUUCUCUCUUCCUGGGCGGAUUGCAGGCAGUCCGGACCCUUCGUCGAGUCUGCAAACCUUGUCAAUCUUCCAACAUACUUGGAAUCGUGAAGAGGAGCUCACAGAAUGAGCUUUAUGAUCCUCUGGUUGGAGAUGCUACUAUUGUUGACUUCUUCAAGACCACUGUAUCCCUCGUUAUUACCGUCCUAACUAACUUGCCACGUGUGGUACUAUCUGUGAUUCCACAUCUGAUUAUCCUCGCUGCCUUUGGCGUCUUUGUGUGGUGGAAUGGAAGCGUCGUUCUCGGCCACAAAGAAUUCCAUACAGCAAGUCUACAUCUGCCGCAGAUGCUUUACAUAUGGCCGUACUUUGUCUUUUUCUCCUGGCCUAUCCUGCUACUUCCUAUGCUCAACCUUGUUCUCCCCAAGUCCUACCUUCCAACUUUCUUGGACUACGGCUUUUCGCCCAGACAGAAAGGUCUGCCGUCUCUGUUGACAGUAUUGGGAAUUAUCCCAAUCAUGCUUGCAGUCGUCCACUUCAACACCAUUGUCCACCCAUUCACACUCGCGGACAACCGCCACUACAUUUUCUAUGUCUUCCGCCUUCUACUACGCACCCAUCCUGCCGUGAAGUAUGCGGCCACGCUGGCGUACUUCGUUUGUGCAUGGUCUGUACUAUCUGCCUUCGGUUUCUCGUCUCUUGUCUCCCCUCCCCGGCUGGCUCAAGUUCCGUCUUCAUCAGCGCUGUCUGCCGAGCAGUCUGUUGCGAAGAAGACCGAGAAAGAGGAGAAGCCCCAAAAACAAGAAAAGAAGGAAACAAAGAAGAAGGGAAAGGCGUCUCGCAAAGGCGUCUCGUUCAAGGAACCACCUUCGCAACCGCAGCAGGAGCCAAUCUCACCAGAGACUCUCGCCAAAGUCCGAGCUCACAUGGUUCAGCGCCAACAACCACAAUAUCCGAUUCGCGUCAGCUUUAUCAUUAUCUGGCUUGCCUCCACGGCGCUUUCACUAGUGACUGCACCUCUCGUUGAGCCGCGUUAUUUCAUUGUUCCUUGGGUGAUGUGGAGGAUACACGUUCCUCCGCAGCCGAUGCCAGUAUUGUACCGCCAACAGCGAACUACCAAUGAGAAAGAAUUGUUCGUGGCGAAGCUCGUCACAAACCUGCCGCUAAUUUUGGAGACGGUCUGGUUUGUUGCGAUCAAUGUUGUUACUGGCUACAUGUUCCUUAAUAAGGGCUUUGAGUGGCCGCAGGAACCGGGCAAGAUACAAAGGUUUAUGUGGUAGAUGCCUCCCGACAUCUCCGAGACCAUCAUCAUAAUCUUCAGCCAUGUAUUACUCUCCAAGAGAUAAAACAAGCUGUAGCAGUAGCUGCUACAAUAGCUACCUGACUUCCUGUAUAAUAGUCCGUUGCUUGCCGUUGUGGUGUACCUAUAGACUUCAUAAUAUAGCAAAUAUUCUG